AUGGAGCGUACACUGGCGAGAAUAAUGUACAUCUACAUUAUAUUUACGCUUGUGAACGAAAUGUCGAUAGCAGUCCAAGCGAGGGACAAUAGUAAGAGGCGUACCAAAGAGAAAUCGGGCGGCUUUCAAAAGAAUAUAUGCGAUAUCACGGAUCGCGAUUCAAAAGUGCACUGCUAUUGUGAGAACACGCGGGAGCCCAGAAAUGCGACAAAGGCGGAAUGCUGGGUAUUCAACGGCGGCAUACCCCGCGACGACCUCAUCUGGCAAAGUUUCGCGACACAGCCAACUUUGCAAACUUUGUCUUUCAACGUCCGCGUCGAUGGUGCAUUGGGCUACGUGCCGACCAAAGCGCUUCAGUACUUACAGAGACUUAGAUCCAUAAACAUUAAGUAUGGCAACAUUGUUGAUAUUAGCACUUACGCGUUCGCCAACUUAACCAAUUUGAAGGAGGCAUCGCUAUCGCAAAACCAAGUUGAAAUUCUACAACAGUACGCGUUUGCGCAUUUACCCAAUUUAACAGUGGUAAACUUGGAGGAGAAUAUGAUUCUAGAAAUCGGAAGAGACUCCUUUUUUGAUGUCCCAAAAUUGCAGAAGCUAGUUUUGGGUAAAAAUAAUAUCUCAUCAAUAAGCAAUGGAGCAUUCCAGCAUGCUUUCAAUCUAUUGGAACUGGAACUCAAUAAAAAUAACAUAUUCCAUUUGAAUAGACAUACGUUUGAUGGAUUGGCAAACUUACGAAGAUUGGACCUCAGAAAAAACCGAAUAUACAAUUUGACUGAAUUCACGUUCGCCGAACUGUGGAACUUGCAGGAGCUUUUGUUGGGGAAGAACGAUUUAAAAUAUAUAUCAGAGAGAGCGUUUGAUGGGUUAUCCCAACUUCGAAAGUUGUCCCUCGAUGAUAAUAAACUGGGGUCGCUUCCCUCCGGUUUGUUCGAGGGCGUGAGGGGCCUCAGUUCCCUAGACCUGCGUUCGAACGAGCUUCACGUGCUAACUUUCGACAACAUCAAGCCCAUAUUGGAUAAUUUGAAGCCUUCAGGCAGCAAUUUACUCUUGGAAGAAAACAACUUCGUUUGUGACUGUAGACUGAAGUGGAUUCACUCAUUAAGAAACGAGACGAAGAGUCAGAACACGAAAGAUUCUUUGGAAGGUGUCACAUGCAAGAUGGACCCACCCAUUGUGAGCUCAGCUUACAACAAGAUACCAGAAGAAGCUACAAACACGAACCAAGACAAAUUUAAUAGUGGCAAUGGUAUAGAAAGUUUCACCAAAACUAAUACAACAGACAAGAAAUUAGAUGAAAACAGGGAAGAGCUUAACGAUAUAAGCGCAAAGAAAGGUAUCAAAAGAAAUGUACUAAAGAUACCACCAGAAACACUCCCUUGCCCUGUGGAAACUAAAAAGACAACUGAACUGCCCCAUUUCAUAGUCGAUCCAGUUAUCCCAAUACAAAAUGAAAUGAAGACUUUUAGGUUUCAAGAAAUGAAUGCAGCCGAAAAAACAUCAUCCGUUUUCAGCCUGGUAUUAUGGAGUUUCUGCUUUGUGUUCUUCUUCACUUAGGUGUUGUUAGGUUUACAAAUCUAGUCAUUAU